AUGCAAGGGCAAAAAGCCGAACGAGGCCCGAGAGGCAGAUAUGCUCGUCUAAUCUGCCGGGGCUGCAGAGCUCGCAAGAUCAAAUGCGUGCUCCCUUCCGCGGCCUUGGGCCCACUGGAUUACCCCACAACCCAACGCAACGACUGUGAACGAUGUCGCAAUCUCGAUCUGGAAUGCAUUAUCGAGCACACCUCUCUAGGACGUCCAGCGAAACGCGCAAAUCGCGCAAAUAUUUCGAGCAAACCGCCCCGGUCGGACCCGUCGGAUUCCCCGCGUUCAGGCCAAGAUGUGCCCAAGCUGUCGGACUCGAUCCGGCAGUAUCUUUUCUCGGGCGCAAUGGACGACAACCUCAUGUUGCAAAGAUCGCGGGAUGUCACGGAUCCCUCCGACGACGAUCUUCUUUACCAUGCCAUGGCCAACACCAGCACUUUCAUCGCGGGCGUGUUGGCCAAGGACGCUUCUUUCGGCUCCGGCAUUCGAUUGAUGUCAACUUGGAGCACGCCUCUAACAGAAAUAGUGAGCCAUGGGCUCGCUGGGGAGCUGGAUAAUUUAUUAGUAUGGCAGCGUCUCUUCGUUCUGGGGAUACCAAGUCUGCUCCACUUGCGAGAGCGCUUGUUGUCAACCGACCCCAAUACCAAUAAUGUCGCCACCAAGCUGCUCUUCGCAGUGUCCUGUCUUGCUGCUUGUGAAAGCUCCGGGGCUCGCCUGAAUGAUCCCCUCAAAGACAGUCUACAGCAGGCUGUUUCGUCAUACGGCCAGGACUUUAUCUUCAGUCCUCCCACACAUAUCGAUUCUAUUGUUGUCUGUCGCUUUUUAUCGGCAUUCAAGCCAACAGCUCUGGCCACGUCAAAACGGGUUGCACAUCAAUGCGUUAAAGCUGAGCUGUAUAUUAAUAUCGCAUACCGGAUCGCAGAGCGGCUAAGACUAUUACCCGAGCCAGGGAUUAUGCCAUUUCAGGAUACGACGGCCAUUGACAGUGUGGAGAUGGAGCGGGAGCUGAUUCUUUCUAUCCAAGGACUUCAGCUAAUUGCCGAGGAGUUCCUAUUGGGGGACUUUUUGUCAAUGACACUGCAUGGCUUCCGGCAGGUCCUCCAACGGAUGCAACCACACAUUGACUCUUAUCAGGUCCUUUUGCAAACCAGGCCCUGUUCGCCAAUCAUGAUCUUCCAUAUCAAAUGGACCACGGCGACCUUUCUGCAGAUCGAGGCAAUGGCAAACUCGAGGCAGUGCUGGAUGAAUCCCAAUCGGUUAUAUAUCGUUGUCGAAGAGGGCGAAAAGAAGUGCCUGGCUGAAAUCAACUCUGCCUAUGAGUUGCUGGAAGCAGCCGGAAGUGGACAGCAGAACGAGCUCACGGCCAUGUGUUCGCUGCUUGAGCUUCGUUUUCAUGGAGUGAUUGCCAGGAUGUUGGGCCUCGGGUUAUUCUUCAUGUCAGUUCUUCAAGCAAGGGCAGAAAAGGAUCAACCGCAGAAUGGCACAGAAAUUCUCCGGGAUGAAGCUACCCAGAUGGGUAAUACCGUCAUUAAUUCGAUCAUGAAGACGCCAGACUCUGAAAUGAACUCGCAUUUUUUCAACUUCCUGCGUCAUUUUGGGGGACGGUAUCCGAACAAGCUGCGAGGGAUCCUGGCCAAAUUCAUAGAGUGCACGACAAUCAAGCUGGGUGGCAACGACUACAUUGCGCCCGUCCGCCCAAUAGCAAUGGAGAUUGUGAACCAAUGCAAGAACAUCGUGGAAAACAACCUGAUUCGAUUCAAGAUUUCGGGAAGACUGCAUCCCAAUUUUGACAAACAACUGGACCUUUUCACCCGAUGCGCCCAUGCAUUAGUCGCCAUGGCGGUCCCAGACUCUCCAGAGGCUGCCUUUAGGAGUGGCUGCGUGUAUUCCGCAAGCAGCAAGAUGGUCUACGGUCUGUGCGAUUUGAUGAACAGUUUGAAACAGCAGGCUUCUCUUGUUGACGCCAAUAUACCCACAAUUACGACCGAGUCCCUUGCUAUGCCCUCUAUGCAGUUCAGUUCCUUCGAGACAUGGAACCUGUGGCCGUAUCCGGAUACUCAACCGCAGCAUAUGUUUGAUUGGAGUCAACCAACCCUUUUUGCUACCACUGCAUCGGAUUUCCUGGGUACGACUGCUGAGUUUGAUAGCAUGCUACCAUUUACAACACCAGAUGCGUCACUGUAA